GAUAGGGUAAAAUAAUAUCUGAACUAAAAUGGUGGAAUAAAGAAACGUCCCACCUACUUGCAGUUUCUCGAUCUCCACUGUUUCAGUUCAACCAACUUUGACUUGUUUCUCCCCUUUGCCGUAUUUGCUACACUGCGGUUCGGACCAACCACCGCGGAGGCUCAGAUCUGGAAUUGGAAUGGUCGUAUGAGCAGAGACGGUGUCGUUUCGAUGGAUCAUCUCCUCGUGGCGUUGGGGGAGACGAAGGAGGAGAGGGAGGUUCGUAUUAGGAGCCUAUUCAAUUUCUUCGACGCCGCCAACAACGGUUACCUGGACGUCGCUCAGAUAGAGGCCGGUUUGUCGGCGCUGCAGAUUCCGCCGGAGUACAAGUACGCCAGGGAGCUCUGCGACGUUUGUGACGCCAACAGCGAUGGAAGAGUGGAGUACCACGAGUUCCGCCGCUACAUGGACGACAAGGAGUUGGAGCUUUACCGCAUCUUCCAAGCCAUUGAUGUUGAACACGAUGGCACCAUUAUCCCUGAAGAGCUCUACGAAGCCCUUCUUAAAGCUGGGAUUGAAAUGGAUGAUGAGGAGCUUGCUCGCUUUGUGGACCAUGUUGAUAAGGAUAACAAUGGAAUUAUCACUUUCGAAGAAUGGAGAGAUUUUCUUCUACUUUACCCUCAUGAAGCAACUAUUGAAAAUAUUUAUCAUCAUUGGGAGAGGGUGUGCCUUGUUGACAUUGGAGAGCAAGCUGUCAUUCCUGAAGGCAUCAGCAAACAUGCGAACAGGAGCAAAUACUUUCUUGCUGGUGGAGUAGCAGGAGGCAUUUCUCGUACAGCAACUGCUCCUCUUGAUCGUCUGAAGGUGGUUUUACAAGUUCAAACUGCACAUGCUUCUAUCAUGCCAGCAGUGACGAAGAUAUUGAAGCAAGAUGGUCUGUUAGGAUUUUUCCGGGGUAAUGGAUUGAAUAUUGUGAAGGUAGCUCCAGAAAGUGCCAUCAAAUUUUAUGCUUUUGAAAUGCUGAAAAAGCUAAUUGGUGAGGCUCAAGGCAGCAAGUCAGAUAUUGGUGCUGCUGGGAGGCUUUUUGCAGGUGGUACGGCUGGUGCAGUUGCACAGGCUGCUAUCUAUCCAAUGGAUCUCAUUAAAACUAGGUUACAGACUUGUCCCUCUGAAGGUGGAAAGGUUCCAAAGCUGGGAACCCUUACAAUGAAUAUAUGGGUUCAAGAGGGACCUCGAGCUUUCUACAGAGGACUUGUUCCAUCACUGCUUGGCAUUAUUCCCUAUGCAGCCAUUGAUCUCACUGCUUAUGAUACUUUGAAAGAUAUGUCCAAGAGUUAUAUUCUUCAGGACAGUGAACCUGGUCCUCUAGUACAACUAGGAUGUGGGACAAUUUCUGGGGCUGUUGGAGCUACUUGUGUCUAUCCACUGCAGGUUAUUCGAACAAGACUGCAGGCACAACCUUCCAACACUUCCGAUGCGUACAAGGGGAUGUUUGAUGCGUUUCGGAGAACUUUUCAGCUUGAAGGCUUUAUAGGUUUCUACAAGGGACUCUUUCCGAAUCUCCUCAAAGUUGUGCCGGCUGUAAGCAUUACUUAUGUGGUCUAUGAAAGUAUGAAGAAGAAACUAGAUCUGGAUUAGAGUUUUUAUGUACGGGUACCAUCACAAUAUGUUUCCAGGCAACAAAAAAAGUCUGUUUUUAAGUAUCAAGAAUUCAGCUUAACCCUAGGCACAACGUACUUUUGGGUUGUGAACAUUCACGUGGCAGGUAAAUUUCAUUCACUCCGUAUACCAUGUCUCGUGGUUUGAGUAUUGUGUUGCUGAGGCAAUUGUACUGAUGAUAUUUUUUUUUGUAAGUCAUGAAUUGCUGAUGAUGACGAUAAGAAGCUAUAUUAGAAAAUCAUUCAUUCUGAGGAUACCUUAAAACACGAUAUUGUAGUCAGAAGCUCAGAAAGUUUUUCUUCUUGUUUAUGUGAACGUGUGAUAGAGAACUAAUGCUAUAUCAUUCUUAGAUGGAAAAGUACCUUGCCAUAACUCGUGCCUAGAGAUGGUUGAAAAAAAAAAACACCAUCUGAUGGCUGAAAGCAUUUUGU